UUUGAAUGCCAGCGAACUUCCCCCUUCCUUAUUCAUUUACCAAAAUAAUCAGUUUUUACCCUUGUUCGCAUAUUUUUUAAAAGCUCAUUUCAGGUCCAUUUCUUUCAAUGGAGGAAACAGACGAAGUUCAACAGACGAUAGCGGAGACGGUAAAAGAGCGGCCGAGGAGAAACAAGAGAAAGUCGGUGGCGGACAUGGACGCGUCGCCUGACUUUACAUUCAAACGGCCGUCUUUGAGAAGAGGAAGUUCUUUCACGUUUUUGACACCUGGACCCCAAUGGGACUUCACUCUGAAACGCAAACGCAGAGAGAAAGAUGACGUGGAUGCUGUCAGUCUUUGCAGCUUUGACUUUAAGGAACCCUGUACCAAGCGCGUGCGGCCCCUAGGCCGAGUGACCUCCCUGGCGAACCUCAUCUCACCCGUGAAGAAUGGGGCCGUCCGACGUUUCGGCCAGACCCUCCAAGCCUCGUUUCGGGGCGACGGUCGGUCUCCGGGCGUGCCCCAGCAGAAGCCCUGCAGCAAGGCCGCAGCCCCGACGCCGCCCAAACGCCGCAACAGCACGCUCUGGUCCGAGACCCUGGACGUCCACCAGAAGGGAACCUUUUCCACCAAGGAGAUUAAGAGACAGGAGGCUAUUUUUGAGCUGACUCGUGGAGAACAGGACCUGAUUGAAGACCUGAAGUUAGCCCGAAAGGCGUACCAUGACCCGAUGUUGAAACUCUCGAUUAUGUCCGAGGAGGAGUUAACGGCCAUCUUCGGAGACUUGGACGCUUAUAUUCCCGUUCAUGAAGAUCUUCUCGCUCAACUGGCGAAAGCCACAGGCCCGGAUGGUACGGUGAGACAGAUUGGCAAGAUUGUUGUGGACUGGCUGCCGAGGUUAAACGCUUACAGGGAAUACUGUAGUAACCAGCUGGCCGCCAAAGCGCUCCUCGACCAAAAAAAGCAAGACCCGAGAGUUCAAGACUUUUUGCAACGUUGCCUCGAGUCGCCAUUCAGCAGGAAGCUGGACCUGUGGAGCUUUCUGGACAUCCCUCGCUCACGACUGGUCAAAUACCCGCUUCUUCUCAAAGAGAUUCUCAGACACACGCCGCCAGAUCAUCAGGACACGGCGAGUCUCGAGAAAGCGAUAAGCAUCAUUCAGGCCGUGCUGGCCGAUAUUAACAUGAAGAAAGGAGAGUCGGAGUGCCAAUACUACAUAGAUAAGCUGGAAUAUCUGGAUGAUAGACAGAAAGACCCACGCAUUGAGCAAUGCAAGAGCCUGCUUUGCCACGGCGAACUGCGCAACAAAAGCGGCACGAAGUUGCACGUGUUCCUCUUCACGGAGGUUUUGGUCUUAACGCGGCCCGUGACGCGGAACGACCGCCACUGCUAUCAAGUGUACCGUCAGCCGAUCCCAGUGCAGGAUCUCGUUCUGGAGGACCUCCAAGACGGAGACGUACGCAUGGGCGGCUCAUUCAGAGGGGCGUUUAGUAACGCAGACAAAGCCAAAAACAUCUUCCGGGUUCGCUUCCAGGAUCAAGCUCACGGUCAGUCCCACACGCUGCAGGUCAACGACAUCUUCCACAAGCAGCAAUGGCUCAACUGUCUCCGUUCCGCCAUGUCGACCUACAAAGACUCCGCCAUUCCCGAAGACGAACCCCUGUCCACCCCCCCACCGGCGGACGCUUGCAGCAAACGCCGUUCGUCGUCCAUCUCUGCCGUCAUGCAUAUGGAAGAGUCGGAUGAGAAUUGCCCGAGCAUCGCGUCUUCCGCCCCUUCGUCUCCCAGCUCGGAGGAGCCGCCCAGCCCCACGACCUCCACCACCUCCACCCUCUCGUCUUCAUCGUCGUCGUCGUCAUCAUCAUCUUCCGUCCCCUUGUCCCGCAAAUCCAAAAAAGACAAACGUUCGCUCUGCUCGUUGGGCAAACGGAAGGAGACCAUGGUGUAAAGCAAAGACUUUGAGGACUGAGCUAUCCCACCAUGCGGAGGACUUGUAUUUAUGUGUGUAUGUUUCUACAGCAGUGUUUGUGUGUUACUGUCCACAAUGGCAGCUAUUAUUACCAAAUCCCAACCUGAACCCUACUA